AUGGCUUCAUCAUCUGGAACUAAAAAGGUGAAAGGGCCUGAUAAGGUUUAUGUAAGGGACGAGGACUCUGAUGAUGAUCUCAUAGAUUUCUCUUUCCUGGAUUUUGCACCAGAGACCUUUAAACCAACCUCAAACCUGUCUGAUGACCCAUUUCUUAACAUGUUAUGUGAUGAAAAUAUGCUAAGGAGGACUCUUGAUGGAAUGGGAGAUGAUGAUCAGGAAGUUGGUGUUAAGGAUCCAGAACAUGAUCAUAUUGAUGAUCAAAAUGACGGUGAAGUAGGUGUAGAGUACAGGGUUCAUGAUCCAAACAUACAUUGGAAACAAAUGAAGCCGGUAGUGGGAGAGUGUUACGAGUCCCCUGCUCAACUCAGGUUUGCAUUAACUAACUAUGCGGUAGCUAAUGGAUAUCAGUUGUGGUUUAUGAAGAGUGAUAGGCAUAGAGUGAUUGUUAGGUGUGGGAAAAUAUAUAAAAAAGACCCAUGUCCCUUUAGAGUUUAUGCUGCUUGGCAGUAUAACGAACGAACAUUUCAGAUUAAAUCUAUAUGUGACAUACAUCUAUGUGCUAGAAAUUUUAAUUUUGGAACUUUGGUUAGUUGUAACUGGUUGGCCAAACAAUACCUGAAGGAUAUUAUUAUGAAGCCACAGAUGACAUUAACUGAGAUGAAGGAAGAUGUACUUAGGAUGUUUUCAGUAAAUGUAUCCAAGGGGCAAUGUCACAGGGCUAGGACAAAGGCAAGAGAGAUGAUAGAAGGUAAGUUAGAAGAACAUUAUGCAAACUUAUGGGACUACGCUGCAGAAAUCCUCAGGUCUAACCCAGGGAGCACUUGUAAGGUGAGAGUAGAUUCUAAUGCAAGUGGCAUGAACUAUUUCAAAAGGUUUUAUGUGUUCUUAAAGGCUUUUAAGGAUGGUUGGAAUAGGGGUUGCAAACGUGUGAUAGGUUUGGAUGGUUGUUACCUAAAGGGUCAGAUCAAGGGAGAACUUUUGACUGCUAUUGGAAGAGAUGCAGACAAUCAUGUAUAUCCAAUAGCAUGGGCAGUGAUCGAUGUAGAGAAAAAAGAUCAUUGGACUUGGUUUAUUGAGCUGUUAGUUGCUGAUCUUGACCUUGACUAUGGUAGGGGUCUUGUGGUUAUUUCCGAUCAGCACAAGGGUCUACUACAAGCUGUUACAAAACUACUUCCAUAUGUUGAACAUAGACAAUGUGCCAGGAACAUCUAUGCAAACUUCAGGAAGAAAUACACUAGGUUAGAGCUCAAGAACCUGUUUUGGGAAGCUGCCAACAGUACUGUGGCAUUUUUCUCUCAUGGAUAUGCUUGUGAGGCUAUAGAGAAUGGCAUAUCAGAGUGUUUUAACUCGAUGAUCAUUCACAUGAGAAAAAAACCAAUUCUAACAAUGCUUGAAGAAAUCAGGAUUUAUUUGAUGAAUAGAUUUUAUCAUCAAGCUGCUACAGUUUCUCAAUGGAAAGGUGAUUAUGGCCCAAACACCUUAGAAAAGAUUAAGGAGUUUGGAAAGCAUAUGAGGUUCUGGAUAGUAAUACCAAGUGGAGGGGCAUUAUUUGAGACAAGGCAUGGAUAUUCAGCUUACAAGGUGGAUUUAGAUGCUCAUUCUUGUUCAUGCAGAUUAUGGGAGAUAUCAGGGUUACCAUGUGUUCAUGCUCAAGCUGCAAUCAAUUUCACACAUAGAGAUCCAACUGAUUUUAUUUCCUUUUGGUUCCAUAAGGACAAGUUCAUAGAGACAUACAGGGACAACAUCUUACCUGUUAAUGGAAGUAAUAUGUAG